AUGGGGAAUGUUGGGAAAGAAGGAGGAGUGGACCAAGAUGUCCGGGAGGGAAUGGUCCCUGCGGAAGGGGACAAGGGAGAGGAAGCGAAUAUGUGCUUGGUGGAGAUGGCGAAAAUAGUGGCUGAUGAUCUUCUGGAUUUGGAUGCUGGUGGGAUAGUAGUUGAAAGAGACAAGUAUUUUUCCCACCAACGAAGGCACUACAAGGAAUUCCGAUUUGAUCUCACACAGAUUCCUGAAGGAGAGGCAGUAACAGCAGCAGAAUUCCGAAUUUACAAAGAUCGAAGCAACAGUAGAUAUGAAAAUGACACCUUUAGGAUUACUAUAUACCAGGUUCUUAAAGAGUAUUCUAAUAGGGAUGCUGACCUCUUUCUGCUGGAUGACAAGAAAAUCCGCGCGUCUGAUGGAGGAUGGCUUGUCUUUGAUAUCACUGCUACCAGCAAUCACUGGGUCGUAAACCCACACCAUAAUCUGGGCUUGCAACUUUGUGUGGAAAUAAUGGAUGGUCGGACCAUCAAUAUUAGAUCAGCUGGCCUCAUAGGAAGACAUGGACCACAAUCUAAGCAGCCCUUUAUGGUGGCAUUUUUCAAAGCCAGCGAAGUUCUGUUACGUUCCGUGAGGGCUGCCAAUAGUAAACGGAAAAACCAAAAUCGAAACAAAUCCAGCAGCUCUCAAGAUUCUUCAAGAUUAUCCAGCCCUGGAGAUUACAACAGCAGUGAGCAGAAGCAAGCUUGCAAGAAGCAUGAACUGUAUGUGAGUUUUCGGGACUUAGGUUGGCAGGAUUGGAUCAUAGCCCCAGAAGGCUAUGCAGCUUUCUAUUGUGAUGGAGAGUGCUCUUUUCCACUCAAUGCUCACAUGAACGCUACAAACCAUGCAAUUGUGCAAACACUGGUUCACUUGAUGUUCCCUGACAACGUCCCCAAACCUUGCUGUGCGCCAACUAAGCUAAAUGCAAUCUCUGUGCUGUACUUUGACGACAGUUCAAAUGUAAUAUUAAAGAAAUACAGAAACAUGGUGGUAAGAUCAUGUGGUUGCCACUAGCUGGGAAUUUCAAAGAGGAAGAGGACCCAAUUAAAAAUACAAUCUUUAAACCAUCUUUAAAUUUUCACCAAGGGAUCCCAAAUUGGGUUUGAAGGUGCUUCAUGUACAGUGUUAUGUAUAUAGUACUCGUUGUGCUUAUAAUUUAUUUCUUUCAAUUUAACUACUUUGCUACAUGAAAAUUAAAACAGAUGUUCUCAGUCCUUUCUGGUAGUGCACAAAAAACAACUGUGGUUGACUAAAUAUUUAUUCAGUAGAGCUGAAAACUGGUACAUUUUUAGACAAAGCUUUUCUUUAUGAAACAAACAUUGCAAAGGUGGUAAAUGGUUUAUUAACUUAUCUGAUUUCCUGCUAUAUAUAUUUUUUUUAUAAACAGAGGAAUUUAAAAAUAUUUUUACACACUUCAUCUCUUGCUGAAACUGUGCUAUAUAAAAUAUUAGAGAUUAAAAUGUUGUCUAAUUAUUGUCCUAUCCAUCAUGUACUGUGUAUCUACAAACUUGCUGGCCAUUAUGAAAAAGUAUUUGCAAUUCUCCUGAUGAUUCAUUCUUAAUUUCAGAACCACACUAACUAGUUACUUGUAUCUAUUUAGUCCAUAAAUUCAAAAUAUUGACAUCACGUUGUAGAAACAUCUCCCCUUACACUGAAAAAAUGUAAUGGACAGCUGGAUGGACAUUGAGGUUUUGUCCCAGGGAGUCACACAGUGGAAUAUGCAUUUCUCCGGACAAACUGUCAGUCUUUGCAUUCUAUCACUAAGUUUCCUCACUGUGAAAACAGUCAUUAUGAAUAAGCUGAAUUCAAAGGUGCGGAAUUGAUGGUUCAGUGGUACAGAACCUUGGACCUAUCCCACCUAGAAUACUGUGUUUGGUUUUGGAUACCACUUCUCAGGAAGGAUAUAUUAAUCCUUGAUGGUUCACCAGGAAGUUUACCACAGCUUAACCAGCAUAAUCCAAGACUUGGGCCAAUAAUCUUUGUUAUAGGCAAGAGAAUUAUGGCAUCAAAGGCAGGCAAAUGUGAUUGAGGUGUUAAGCAGCUAUGGCAGAAUAAACACGGGUUGACUGAUCUACUCCUGUUCUUGUCUUCCUAUGCCCCCAAAACCCAGUUUAACUCAUGUUUUCUGGACUCACUGAAACUGCCUGUGUUUUACUUCUUCUGAUCUAGUAUACUUUCCCAAGGCUGAUUAAUCACGAUAAUCAUUUUCUAAAUCAUUUGGUAUCAGCCUGAAGCUGUGUGUGAAGUCAAAAACAGCAUUUUUGGUCAUGAUGUACUCUUUUCAAGAAAUUGUUACGUGUGCUUUUAAGUUGACUUUGAACCUGGAUUCUGGAAACUUUCCAACAUAAAAUACUCAUUAGCUGAGAUAAAAGAGAUCUGUGCAGCCCUGAGCCUAGCAAAUCGGUGAAAAGUAGGGUAUAAACAAAAGAUGCGGAUCUUAUAUUCUCUUCUGGUCUUACAGAUGUUAUUGUUUUAAAUAAAUGAGAUAAUGUAAAGCUCAGUGUGUUUCUUUAAGAGCAUCUAUUCCAGCUAUUCAAUCACUGACAGUAGGGUGACUAGUAUGUAAUCUAAAUGAUGCCAUUAAAGGGGGGUAAUUGGAGAAACAUGGGCUGAAGCAACUACCCAAGCCUUUAAUACAGUGGAAUGUAAGUUAAGCAACCAUCCACAGUCUCUCCUUUUAAUCGAGACUAAAUUCUUCACUUCAGCUAUGCUGCUGUGAGGAGAUGCCACCUUGCAAGUAAGAUUAGAGUUAAUGUCACUGCUGUCUCAUUAGAGAGAGAGGUUUGGUGAUGAGUUCAACCCAAGGGUCACCAUGCCGCAGGUGAGGGGAGAUCUUGAGAAGGUGGGAUUUUCAUGGUAACCCUCAGCCAGUGCAGGGAUCGAUGAUUUAGUGUUAGAGAACCCUGGUGCAGGAAUUGAACUUGCACUGUUAAUAUCGCUCACCAGACAUCCAAACAACUGAGCUAACCAACCCCAAUGCAAGUAAAGAACAUCAUGACUUCAACAACCUUUCACGCUUCUGACUCCUGUGGUGCACAAAGAGGCCUUUAGCCUGUUGUAUCUGUGCUGGAUCUUUGGAAGGGUAUUACGAUUGGGAUUACUGACAUUGCCAAACUAAAAUUCCCUUUGUCUUGCAAAUGUUUUCCUUUCAAAUGUAUUUAUCAAAAUACCUUUAGGAAGUUAAUAUUGAGUCUGCUUCUAUCAUCUUUUCAAGCAGUACAUUCAGAGUACAUUAACUUGUUGCAUAAAAAUAGGAACCAUUCUCCCCUUUACCCAAUUAUUUUUGCCAAACUUUUGUUUAACUUGGUGUCUUUUCAUAAUUGAUUCUUCAUGUAGUUUUAUCUUCAUGUACUCUUAUUAAAAUCUGUUAAGCUUAACUGUUUUUGUUAAAUCUCCCUUUAACUUCCAAAUUUUGAGAUCUAUUUAACUGAAGUCAGUAUGUUUUAAUAAAACCUUCAGUAGGAUUGUCUUUUCACAUUAUUGAAUUUGUAUUCCUGUAUUCAUGCAGCACAGCUAAUUUUCAACAUGAAUUCUCAGAUUAUUUGGCACCGUUCAUGAACAUAAAAGUUAUUUUAAUUUACCUAUAUGCAUAAUUUAUAUUGAAAAGGAAUCAGAAAAUUGUUCUUCAUAGUUGAUUUUAAUAUUUCAGACUGGUAGUACACUUCCUGAGUUAUCUUUUUGUGUGUGUUGGGACUUUACGUGUGGAAUAAUUGGUAUAAGUACAACUUCCAGAACAAUGCAAGAAUUGUGAAAUUUGGUAGAUGAUCAGAUUGGUUCAUAUUCUGUACUGAUAAGACAUACAAGCUAUACUGCUUGAAAUGGCUUGUUUACACAGACAUAUAGCAUUGAAUUUUUAAUAUUCAGAGAUAAAGAAUAAAAUAAAGGUUUGGUUUAAUUUGGUACCUCUCAUGACCUCAGGACAUCUCAAGAUAAUGGUGUACUUUUGCAGUAUAGUUACUGUUACAGUAGAUAGCUGAUGGCAGCAAACUCUUACAUACAGCAAUUUGAUAAUGACCACGAAAUGGGUUUUUAGACAAUGCUUGAGGGAUGUAUAUUGGCCAAGACACUGGACAUAGUUCCUCACCUGUUGUUUGAAAUAAUACCAAUUCAGCUUUUAUGGCUUUUUACAUUUAUCUUUUCACAUGAAAGAAGGCACCUCUGACAGUGCUGCUCUGGAACAUUGGCAGAGAUUUUGUGUGCAAGUCUGUGGAGUGGGACUUUGACUCCACAUCAUUCUUCUGACUCUGAGGCACGUCCUUAGUUCCACCUCUCACAGACAGUACUGGAUGUAAAGUUUUAAUGAUUUUACGGCCCUGCUUGAAAGAGUCCUUCACAGAUAUUGAGGAACAAUUUUUCUCAUUGGUUAUGUUUAUUUUUCAUAUCAGGGAACAUUUAAAUUUGUAAUAUUAACGUUGUCUAUUUUAGCAGCAUCUUUGUCCAAAAUGGCAAUUAAAUAAUGAAAGACUUUGGAGCUCUGUUUUGUAUGAAAGUCACAUACCAGUAUUGUAUGUAUGUAUGUAUGUUAUACAGGAAUAUAUUUUCUGGAAUAAAAAUGUCAAA